UGACACAUAACGUCAUUGGUCGAUGUUGCGAUCAGUGACAAUAACUGACGAUAACCUGUUUCUCGUUUCUCGUGGUCGUGUCAGACAGAAGGAGAGGCGAAUGAACGUGCAGUUCGCGGUACAAGAACGUAACGUGACAUGUAAUCGGAUUUCGGAGCCGCUCGUUCGCCCGAUAUAUCAUCCGAUAUAUCUCAUUCUUGAUGUAUUCGUGCGCGUGGCGACGCGACCUCGCGAUAAAUCUGUGUGAUGAUCUCGGUCACGGUGACGGCGAGCGAAUCGGAGAAAUCGAAGCCGCGCUUCCGGGACGUCAAUAAGAUCCUGAUUUAUUGACGAAGGCGUAAAGCGUGCGAAAAAGAAAAUGACGGAGAGUUUGAUAAACGAAUGGCUGGCGGAUUGCAAGGACGUCUCGCCGUCCGAGCUCCACACGUUUGCCAGCACGCUUUCGCAGGAUAACGAGAUCGUACGAGCGCUCUAUGUAUUUUUGGAAGAGCGCACUAAAUACAACGAGUUGAUGGACACAGUAUGUAAUCAGUUAUAUAAUUUUUAUCGAUCUCGAGAAAUAGAAUUACAAAGGUUCACUCUACAAUUUCUGCCAACGCUGAUAUAUAUUUAUUUAAAUUCCGCUGCACAUGGUGAUAUUAAGAGUUGUCGCUCCCUUGAGACUCUAUUAAUUGGAUUAUAUAAUUUAGAAGUGGUCGAUAAAUCAGGACAACAAAAAGCAAUUUCAUUUAGAUUACCAUCGCUUGCUAUGUUAUCCAUAUAUCAUGAGCCUGCAAGUUUAGCACCAGCUUCACUAACAGAAAGUGCAGUGCGUCGUUUCGAAGAGUGUAAUUCAAAAUUAGUGAGCUGGGGCCCAUUGCAACAAGUAGAAACAUUGAAUGCACAAAACAGAUUAAAAGUCAUGACAGCUCUGCUUUUUAUCUACAAUCAACAACUUGGUUAUAUCAAUAAGUUUGCUUUAGAACAAUUGUGCAAAGUUGCAACAAAACUUGUCACUCAAGGCUUCAUGAAACCAGGACAUCAUCAACGCUCUUCUUAUGGCAGUGAGUCUAGCUUUGUUCCAAGGCUUUUACCACGUAUACCAGUAUCCAGCCAAUUUCUCUUGGAAUUCUUGCAUGCUGUGUAUUUUGCCAUGUACAAUGAAUGCUGGUAUAUAGGAAAUCAAGCUGUAGAAGAUAUUCAUAAUAGAGCGUGUUAUGAAGCAUAUCCAAAUGUAAUGUUGGUUACUAAUGCUGUACGAAAUUCUGCCAGUUCUGGAGCACCAGGUCAACCAAGUGAUGGACCAAUUGGAAUUAGUGUUGCAUUAUCUCCGGCAACUACCACACCAACUGUUUCAAAGUCUAUGAUCACAAAUGCUUCCUUUCGUACUAAGAAAUUACCAGAUGACAUACCAAUACAAAUUGUGAAAGAUGAAACUAUUGGAGAGGGUAAAAGUAACCUGGUAUCAAUAUCAGAGGAACAAGAAUCAACAACAGAACCGAGCCGUAUUGGUUCCAUGAGACAAUCAAAGGAUCAAAAGACUGCUUCAAAGAUUACAAAUUUCCCUGUACUCGGCAAGAAACCUAAAGAGAAGGAGGGGAAGGUGACGAAAAACACUCACGUUGUUUUGUCGGACAAGGAGAAGAAGCUCGGUUCGCAAACGACAUCGAAGGAGAACAUUAAAGGAAGUUUAUCAAUGUUGACUAGUGAGCAACAAGCGGAAGUCGAUGGAAAUAUUAACGGAUGUGCGAUACGAAAGAAAAAUAACAGUGUAGAAAACAAUACAAUCAUAAUAGAUUCAAAUGUUGCGUUGAUUGAAAAUGAGAGAUUGGCAUCACACUUAACUAGUGAUGUUACCGAUGGUAGUAUGGAAAAUUCUAUCAAUUUAAGAUCACAUAACGAAACAGAGUCUAUAGCUUCUUCUAUCCAAGUUAGCUCUGUUUAAUGAUUGUAAAAGAAAAGGGAUAUAAAGUGUUAUAUAUAUAUAUAGUAAUGGGCUGAAAAAACACAUAAAGCAAAUAAGUCGUCCUCUUCCAACUAGAAAAUCUGAUAAAAUCCAUGUAUAAUGUGUACAUGUUGCCUUUUCCUAGAAUUAUUUAAGAUCACACACUAUUUUCUCAAUAAUAAUAAGUGUACAUUACCAUGCAUUGCAAUAUUUCGAAUAGGAAUCAUAUAUUUUUCUUGACACGUAGCAAUCUCUUAGUCUCAGUCCAUUACUCUAUUGAUCUCCAUGAUAAAUCUAAAAAAAAUGGGAGAGGGAACAAUAUGAAUUAAAGGUGUAUAUGAUUAUUUAGUGUUUUGUGCAUAUUAGUAUAUAUUGACUAAUUUUUGUAAUUAAAAAUUUCUAUAAUUUAUUCGAUAUAUUUUAUAAAUAUACAUCAGAAUAUGUGGUAUUGUAAUCUCCUUAUCCUGAUAUGGUUAUCGAGUUUCACUUCGAGAUAUUUGUAGAUUAUUAUUAUAAACCAGAGAACACAAGUAUUAUCACAAUGCAAUGUUAUAUCAGUAUAUAUUUAUGUUUAACCCAGAUGUGCCUUGAUGCACCUGUGAUGAAACUUUCUUUAUCGUCCCAGAUAUGUAGAUAAUAAAUUUAUGAAGGGAAGAGAGAAAGGAUGUCUAAAUAAAAUUGCAAUGUUGCUUAAUUAGUAAGCACGAUGAAUAUGUAUCUGUACAAAUAUAAAGUAUCAAGCAUAUCUGGGUUGAAUAAUGUAAAUCUGCUAUUACUUUUGUCAUAAUUGUUUCAAAAUGAUAUUAAGAAUUCAUGACGUAUUAUUUGUUUUUGCAAACAGUUGUAAACAUUUAUAUAUACAGAUGUAUACAUGAACAUAUAUAUAUAUAUAUAUAUAUAUAUAUAUAUAUAUAUAUAUAUAUAUAUAUAUAUAUAUACAAGAUGCUCCAAAACUCUAUGCGAAAUUAACUAAAGAAAUGUAGUUUUAUUAAUUUUUUAUUAAUUUUUUAACUCUACAAAAUUUAGUUUGCAAGUCCUUUUUUUUCAAUUAUUUAACUCGGAAAUCAUAGAUACCUCGAUAUUUUGGCCACAUCUACUAUUCAAAGGUUCAUUUGGUUUUGAAACAUCUUAUAUAUAUAUAUAUAUUAUAUAUAUAUAAUUGUUGGAAAUAAUUAUGCGAAACUUGAAUAUAAGAGAGACUUUAUUCUCACGUGAAACUUGAUUCACGUUGAAAAUGAUCAACUAGUCGAGAAAAUAUGCCAUUUGUGUAUAAAAAAUUGGGAAUAGAAUAGCAAGAGGUGUCCUUCAACGAAUUUAGAAUUCGAUUUUAUGUCAUUUUAUGUGUUUUAUUAUAUGUGUCUCACGAUUUAUAUUUAAAUUCCAAGAAACGCUCGAUCACGUUGCAAUCAGAUUGAUAUAAUCAACUUUCUAAACUUUUCAGCUUAAUACAUUCAGCGACGUAGAAAUUAUGAAAAAGAGUAAAGAGUCGUGGUCUUCAAAGAAAUGCAAAAUGUAUAAAAUUUCCGUUUUGCAUGUGUAUCACCUUGCAAUAUACAGAUGUACAGAUAUAUAUAU